GUCUUCCCUGCCACCUACGUAUUCACCACCACACCACACCACAGCUCUCCACCGCAAACGCUCUCACGGUGCGCAGCGAAUUCUUGCUCCCUCUCCCUCUCCUCCCUCUCCGGCGUCAUCUACCUCGGCACAAUCAUGGCUUCGGCAACGCUCAAGCACUCCACGCCGCCGCCAGCCGCGGCGCCUAACCAGGCCUUUGUCUCGCAAUGGUCGUCACGCUAUCGCGGGGCCACCGUCGAGGACCUCGACCCGCCCGCCGCCCUGUCGCUCAACCCUUCCGACGCCAUCUCGCUCGCCCUUCUCUCCGCCUUUGAGCGCGACUACACGCACCUCACCGUCGUCGACUCCCACACGCGCGCCCUCCUCGGCUACAUCUCCAUCCCGCACCUGCAGGCCCUCCUCGACGCCGGGCGCGUGCGGCCCGACGACCCCCUCAGCGCCGCCAUGACGCGCUUCCAGCGCCGCGGCCGCGCCUACCGCGUCAUCACCAUGGACACGCCCCUCGAGGCCCUCGAGGACUUCUUCCGCGGCGGCGUGUCCGGCGGCGACUGGAAGCAGGAGUUCGCCGUCAUCACCGACGAGAACAGGCGCUUCGUCCUCGGCGUUGCCACCGUGCAGGACCUCGACGAGUUUGUCAAGCGCCGGCCUGCUUGAAACCGAGGGCUCUCACCCCUGGGUACCUGGCUAGUGCCUAGCACAGUAGCAGCAGCAGCAGCAGCGGCGGCGGCGGCUCGGCAAAGAGGCGGAUCGACGAGAGAGAAUAUGAUGCAGAUUGGGUCAUGAUUGGGGACAUAUGAGCGCCGAAGCUAGCUGGACAUGUGCGUGUCCGAAGCCGCCCCGCAGCGGCUGCGGGUGACGGCUGGGCGCAGGUGCAUGCACGCAGCCUGCACGCACAUUUGUUGGCAGGAUGAUCCCCGCUCCGCUAUGGUGGGAAUGAGACGUCUAUCUUGUCCCACGGAAGCUCAGGGACAACUACAGACCAACCAGCCAAGAAGCAGGGACAAGCUUUGCUGGGCGGAGGAAAAGCGCUGGGAACGAUUUGGCGACGCAUGGGGGCGCGUGAUGUACUUGGUUUUGCCGAGGCAAAUUCCUGCUUCACGCCAACGUUGCCCCAUAUCAUGGCACAGCACAUCGCCCAUGAGGCUAGGGGGAAGGAGUAUUACAAAAUACAUUCGGCGAUUGUUCUACAUCUAUCA